UCUUUCCUUUUUCUAAUGACAUCUUGGGUGGGUGCCGGUGUCUACACUUCUCUCUUUCUUCCCCGUUCUCUUAAGCAAACUCACCGCCUCCCUCUUCCAAUCCUCAAAGCCUGAACAAGUCUUCAUCUUUCUUUCAAUCAGUCUCUAUCCCUUCCUCAGCUCACCGUUGCCGACAAGCUGCUCUCUCUCUGCUGCUCCGUGCUCCAAUCGAGUUCGAUCUGCUGCUGCUGCAAUCGAGUUUGAUUGCAAAGGUUCCAUUUUUACACACACACACAUAUAUGUUUAUAUAUAAGCAGUGCAAUCGCUAUCCAUCCAAUUCUGACCGGGCAGUUCUCUUCUCCUUCAGAUUUACUUCUCUCUCUUUCGAAGCUUUUAGUUUUAAAUUUUUAUUUAUUAUUAUCAUAUAAGCUCCUGCAAGUUUACUCCCUUUUGAUAUAAUACUCAUGUAUUGUGUCUCAAUUUCCUCCCAAUGCCUGUUGACUGCUGGGUUGUUAUAUCUAUAGGCGACGACUGAGCUUAAUUGACUGCAAAUUUCUGAUCCUGAUGGCGACAACGUUCAAGUUGGCUAAGUGUUCGGAAAUUAUGGAUCGGCUGAGCCUGCUGCCAGAUGAGAUCCUUAGUGAAAACAUUCUUUCACAUUUGCCGACGAAAGAAGCAGUGAGAACUAGCACCUUGGCACAUAGAUGGAGGUUUCUCUGGUCGUGCAUUCCCGGCUUGGAUUUGGAUUUCAACUCCUCUGAAAAGGUUGCGGCAUGCAGUCAUCAUAGCCGAAAAGAAAUCUUUCGCAAAGGCGGCAAAGCAGCGUCUGAUUAUGUCAAGUGGGUGGAUCAAGUUGUUCGCACUUGCAGUAGGAGCUCGACUGCUUUGCGUCACUUCUGUAUUUGCUUUCGCUUGGAUAAGAGCUUUUCCCACGAGAUCGACUCCUGGCGUAUCUUCUCCCUAGGGAAGGGAGUGGAGGUGCUUGAGCUCGAUUUCUGUGUAGAAGAGUACAUGGACGAUGGUCCUCGCUAUGCGUUGCCCUCCAUUCAGCCCCAUCUAUUUCCCAAACUUAGAUUACUGAAAUCGCUCUACCUUGGUGGUUUAUCCAUAAAUAAUGAUUCUCUGGAGCGUCUCUUGCUGGAGUGCCAGUUCCUCGAGAGACUACAGCUUCGCAGUGUAACCUCUUUAACCGAGCUCCAGUCCCUUCACCUAAGCAUGCGGUCAUGGCACAUGGUACAUAACUGGUUGCCUCAUCUUCCGGACCUGAGUGGUCUGAAGCACCUCAAGCUGACAUUAGAUGGUCUAGAUUGGACCAAUGAGCAAAUUCGUCGAGCACAGAACCUCCAUGGUAUGGCUUCCCUGAUUAAGGCAGCCCCCCGUGUGCAACGCCUGACACUGAUGCUGGUGCUUCAACUCCACCCAGAGCUAAAUAUCCGUGAAGAGGAGUUUGCGAACCUGAAUCUUCAAUUUCUACGAGUGAUAGAGAUUGUGGGCUUUAAUGGGAGGGAGGUGGAAUCUGAGCUUGCAGUGCAAUCAUCCAAGGGUGCUCCAUCACUUGAGAAGCUUAUCAUCGAUCUCCGAUACCCACCAUUGCGAGGACGCAUAUCAGGCGAGUAUGGUUGUUGUUCUGGGAGCAAAAUAGAAGAGUGGAGAAGGAGUGCUUUAGAGAUCAAGCAGAGGCUGCCAUCCAAGGUGGAGCUAGUUAUUAUCUAAUUACAAGACAAAUCAUAGAUAUUUAUGAGUUGGUGCUGGUUGAUAUCUAAUUAGAAGACAAAUGAUUAAUUUUGGUGUGAACAAAUUAAGCCACAUCCCGUUAUAUUGUACAGACCAGUUAAAUUGGCCUUGCACCUCGUCGCGGGUCUAUUUUGUGUUAUUGUUUUUUAGAAAAUAAAUUAUCAACGAUCAAAUUAUAAAUAAAAUUAAUAAAUUUAUAUUUGUUUAUCA